UGCCAGAAACCAUUUUCCCAAAUCGCAAAUCCUUCUCACUCCACCUACCAACCCAUCUUCUUAUGUAUUCUCCACCUAAAAUUCCUACAAUGUUAAAUCUUCAUUUCCACCUUCAUCGCGACCAACCCACCUUUCUUUCUCUCUCUUCCUAUGGCGUCUUCCUGUUUCUGCCCACCCAAUCCCGCCUUCUCCACACACUCCCACCACAAAGCCACCCUACGUGACUUCGCCGUGCGCCUCCCUGCACCUGCCUCCGCCGCUCUUCCUUCUCGGUGCCGUUUGGAGUCUAAUGCUCCCAACCGACUAAAGGUGUUUGCAAGCUCCGCGGUUCCCGUGAUAGAUCAGUCUCCUCAGAGUAAAGCAUCUUCUCCCGUCCCCACGGUUGUUGAGGUUGAUUUGGGUGACCGGAGCUACCCGAUUUACAUCGGCUCUGGUCUUCUUCAUCAACCCGAGCUUCUUCAGAGGCAUAUUCAUGGCAAGAAAGUUCUUAUAGUCACAAAUACUACAGUAGCUCCAUUAUAUCUGGACAAAACUAUCAGUGCUUUAACAGAUGGAAAUCCUAAUGUUAGUGUUGAAACUGUGAUCUUGCCAGAUGGAGAGAAAUUUAAGAACAUGGAAACUCUCAUGAAAGUUUUUGAUAAAGCUAUUGAAUCACGAUUGGACCGACGGUGUACAUUUGUUGCUCUCGGUGGUGGAGUUAUUGGUGAUAUGUGUGGAUAUGCUGCUGCUUCUUAUCUCCGGGGAGUUAAUUUUAUUCAGAUUCCUACGACUGUUAUGGCACAGGUAGACUCUUCUGUUGGAGGGAAAACUGGAAUUAACCACCCGCUUGGUAAGAAUAUGAUCGGUGCCUUCUACCAACCUCAAUGUGUGCUUGUAGACACAGACACCCUGAAUACACUGCCAGACCGAGAACUAGCAUCUGGCCUUGCUGAAGUUAUAAAAUAUGGACUUAUUAGAGAUGCGGAGUUUUUCGAGUGGCAAGAGAAUAAUAUGUCAGCAUUGCUAGCAAGGGACCCUGAAGCAUUUGCUUACGCCAUAAAGCGUUCCUGUGAAAACAAGGCAGAGGUUGUGUCCUUGGAUGAGAAAGAGAGUGGAUUGAGGGCCACUUUGAACUUGGGUCACACCUUUGGCCAUGCAAUAGAGACUGGUUUUGGCUAUGGAGAGUGGCUGCAUGGAGAAGCCGUUGCGGCUGGAACGGUUAUGGCUGUUGAUAUGUCACGCCGCCUUGGAUGGAUUGAUGAUUCACUGGUACAGAGGGUGGAUAAGAUCCUUCAACAGACAAAGCUGCUACCGACUGCGCCUCCAGAGACCAUGACCGUCGAGAUGUUCAAGUCCAUCAUGGCGGUUGAUAAGAAAGUGGCUGAUGGGAAGCUCAGACUCAUCCUUUUGAAAGGUCCUCUGGGCAAUUGUGUAUUCACAGGUGACUACGACAAAAAAGCAUUAGACCAAACACUCCAUGCCUUUUGUAAAUCUUAAUCAAAUUGCGACAUUUUUUUGGUUGUAGCAGCAGGUAUCAAGUUAAUUACUCUUUGUUUUUGCAUGAUGUUUUUGUCUUGUAUAUUAAUACAGUUAUGUUGACAAUUU